UUGUUACUUCUAAUGCUGCUAGCGAUGGCUGUACAGUUGUGAGUAGUUCAAGUCAUAUGGGAGGUGCUAGUCAAGGAAUUGUUAGAAUGUCUCGCUUGUCAUAUAAUCCCUUUGCCAUUAAGACUUCAAUUCCCACCAGAAGCGUGGCUGAUAGCACAGAUAACAAAGAUUCUUGUGGUAUUUCAACAUCUCUCCAAGAUAGUCUGGCAACAAUUACUGCUCCCAAAAUAGUCUUGAGACCCUCAGCUUUAUCAAUGCAAGCAGAAAAGUUGAAACUUUUUAGUAAGCAUGAUUUUAGUACGAAACAAGAUGGUAAAGAAAAUUCAGAUGAAAAUAAUAUUGCCAAAGACCAACGAAAUUCUACUAAUGAAAGCAAUGGCAAAAUCUCUAAAGCAGAACUCUUUGCAUCUGGCAUUGCAGCAGCAUCCGAAUCGUCUUCCCCCUUAAAAUCUUCUGCUGCUGAGGGUAGUUUUUGUUCACCUAGCAAAAGUUCAGAAGAACAAACUAGUAUGGCAUGGCAUCAAGCACCACAGUCAUUGCACAAGCAAUCAUUGCAGACAAAAGGCACCACAGUUGUAGACAAAAUAUUGUUGUUGUAGAUAAAAUAGACAUAUAUCUAUUGUAAACAAGAAUACUGCUACCUAUUACCUCAAAGUUUUUGAAAUGUUCAUGGUUUUUAGUACCAUGCUAUAAUCGAUCGCAAAAUUUGAAAAAUCGAGGAAUACUCAAACUGUUAAACAUGUGAAAAUUGUUCUAUAUUAAAAUUUUUAGCCUCCAGGAAUUUUUUUUUCUUUUUAUUAUUACUGCAGGAUCCAUAUUUUUCUCUGAUUUUGGUUCUCAGGACUGUAACAUGAAAUACUUUCAUUUUGGAAUUGAAUAGAAAUGUUUGAAAUCCAAUUUUAAAAAUUUUAUUUUUAAUGUCGAUUUAUUUCAACAAACA